AGCUGGGGUAGGGACGCCUGGCGCAGGGACCUGGUGGAGGGUGGCUGGGGUGCGGGCUGCACAGCGGGUGAUCGAGGCCCCAGACCCCAGCCCAGGCCCCGGCCUCACCACUCGACCAGGAUCUCCCAGAACUGGCCCAACCCCCUCACCAGCCAGGCCUGGGGCCCGGGAGCCUGCAGGAGGGCACAGCCGAGGCCCCCACGCGCCCGCUGCCACUUUGCUAGCAGGGCCUACCUUGGGCUCUCCUGCAGAUGGAGGUGAGCAGCCUGGUCCUCACUGAGCCCCUGGGCCUCCUGCUGCUGCCCCUCGUCGCCAUGCUGCUGAUGGCCCUGUGUGUGCGCUGCCGAGAGUUGCCAGCCUCCUGUGGCGGUGCUGACGAGGACCGUUCACACACAGAGAGCAUCCUGUUCAAGCCGCCCCAAGCGCCGGCCCCCUGGCCUGCUGCCUACCCACCCCCGAGCCAGGUGGACCUGCUGCACAUCCCAAGGUCCCCACAGCCCCUCGGGGGUUCCCACCGGAUGCUGUCUUCACGGCAGGACUCAGAAGGGGCCAACAGUGUGGCGAGCUAUGAGAACCAAGGUGUGUCUGGGCUGCCCGCCAGGCUGGGUGGGGGUCUGGGCUGGGCCCCAGGCCAGACUGAGCCAGUCUCUCUCCCAGAGCCAGCCUGUGAGGAUGCAGAUGAAGACGACCUGGAGGAGGAGGAGGACUAUCCCAACGAGGGCUACGGGGGCUACGUGGAGGUGCUGCCCGACAGCGCCCCAGCCAGCGGUGCUGCUGACCCAGCGGAGGCUCCGGUGCCCAGCAACCCCGGCGCCCGAGGCAGUGCCUUCUCCAUGGAGUUCCGAGAAGACUACGUGAAUGUCCCCGAGAGCGAGGAGAGCGCGGAAGUAUCUCUGGAUGGGAGCCGGGAGUAUGUGAACGUAUCCCAGGAGUUGCAGCCGGGGGCCAGGACGGAGCCUGCCGCCCUGAGCUCCCGGGAUGUGGAGGAUGAGGACGAGGACGAGGAUGAAGAGACCCCGGAUUAUGAGAACCUGCAGGAACUGAGUUGAGUGCCGCCGAGGCCGCUGUCCAGGAACCAGCCUGGCUGGGGAUCGAGCUGGGUAGCCGGAAAAAGCCCCGGGGGCCCAGUGGGACCCGGGCCUGGCUGUAGCCUGAGUACCCUCCCCUAACUUAUUGUCACUCUGGGGUCCACUCUGUGUCCCCAGUACUCUGCACCUUCUGAAGCAGCCUGAGAAUGAACCUCCCUGGCCCCAGCCCUUCUCUUCAGAAUGGAAUAAAGGCCACUGUGGUCUGCAGA